AUGGACCGAGAAAAAUAGCUGAUGGAUUAACUAUUAGAAGAGGAAUCAGAAAUGGAUAAAGAGGAAAGAGAAAGAAGGGAAAUUAUCAUUAACAAUUUUAUUAUAAUAUAUAAAUUAAUUAGAUUAACUGCUUGUUAAAAAGGAGAUUUAACAGCCGUCUUGCGUUGUUUAUAUAAAAGUGUAAAUAUUUUAUAUGAAGAUAAGUAAAAAUGGAAUCCAUUAAUGUGGGCAGCAUGUAAAGGAUAUCAUUAAUAAAAAUAACAUUAUAAGACAUAUUGCAUGUGUUAUUGUUUCAAUAAGCAGCAGCACCAUAUGUUCCAAAAUGACAUUGAUAUUGUAGAACUUUGCCAAAACAAUGCCUAUUUAUUCAAAUCCAAUGAAUUAAUCUUCUCCAAGCAAAUCUACUUAUUUUGGAGGAAGUCCUAGAGUUGCAGCAUAAUCAGCAAUGUUUAAUUUCCCUUAAUAAUUAUCAAAGAAGGUUGCCUAAGGAAUAAUAAAUUAAUAAGUCCGUUCUACUCCAUUAAUGUGGGCAUGUUUUAAAGGACAUGUACAAAUUGUUUGGUUAUUAUUAAAGGGAUGAUUAUGUUGGAAGGUAAAAAAAAUAGGAGGUUUUAAUAUAGGAUGUAAAUCUAUUUGGGAAUAAUAAUGUUCAUUUGGUAGAGUCAGGAGGAAAAUAGAUAGUAUAUUAGACAUUAAUGAUUUAUGGAGGAACUGUAGAUAGACCAAAUACAAGAGGACAUACUAAAAAGAUUUAACAACUAAUGCCUAUAUAUCACAAUUAAUUAAAUUAUUAGAAAUAAGUGGUUAGACAACUAAGUAUUUUUGUAUGACCUGUAGAAAAUUUUGGAAAGAAGAGGAAUGUAAGAUGGAUUGGGUAUUUGGGAAUGCUGAAUCAACAGACAUGGAAAAACCUGAAGGUAGAUGUUAGAAUUGUUGGGAUAUAAUAAAGAAACAUACAGAAAAGAAUUAAUGAGUAUAAUAGAAAAAUAGGAUCGUAAAUUAUUGAGAGGGAAAUA